CAGUAAAAAGUCAGACUUCCUCUCUGGACUUUUUUGUUGUCGAGUGGUUGUCUUACACUGCAGUCAUGGUGUCCUGUGCUCUUCUCAUUCUGGGUCCUCUGUGGAUCCACAGUCUGCUUCAAGCCUGCAGAGGAGAGGAGCUGUCUGGGGAGGCAGUGUUGUCGUGGUUCAGAGAGCGGGUCCUGGGGGGCCUCGGGCUGGAAGAGCCACCUGCGGCCACAGUGCAGGGUCCUGAUGUGGAUAUGGCACAACCAGAAGCACGGCACAUGCAUCGUAGGGCCCCCAGGACUAGCAGGACAACAUGGGUCAACCAUCAAACCCGUCUAAACCAGGAAAUGUCUCAAAUGAUUAUCUUUCCCAGUUCUGACUCAUCUUGUGCCGAAUCUGACUCAGCUCCUGGAGAAACCCCCGAAAGCCACUUCACAUAUUACUUCCAGCCGUCCAUGAACCACCAGGAGACCGUGGUCACAUCUGCUCACCUCUGGUUCUAUGCAGGUGAAGAAGCCACAGCAAACAGUUCCGCCGAGCUGUUCAUUCUCACUUCAGCACAGCAGCUUCUUCAGGCAGCAGAGACUCCAUCAAAGAUGAGCUCAGACGGAUGGACCACCUUCCACUUGGAUCAGAGCCAGCUGGUCUCUGUGGCUGAAGGCCCUUUUCUACUCCAGGUCCGCUGUCCGACCUGUCAGUGCCACGCCAAUGAACCAGACAAGAUGCCUUUUCUUCACCUCCACGCUCAGCCUCGUGGUCCAGUCCGUUCACCCCGUCACGCACCAGUAACCAUCCCCUGGUCUCCCUCUGCUAUUGACCUGCUACAGCGGACCUCUCAGGAGAGACCAGAGCACAGUGACUGCCACCGAGAAGCGAUCGAAAUCAGCUUCGAGGAGCUGGGCUGGGACAACUGGAUUGUCCAUCCGAGAGUGCUGACCUUCUACUACUGCCAUGGGAACUGCUCGGCCGGGGAUCGAACCACCACGAUGCUGGGGAUCACUCAGUGCUGCGCUCCAGUCCCAGGGACCAUGAAGUCCCUGAGGAUCACCACGACAUCUGAUGGUGGAUACUCGUUCAAAUAUGAGACCUUGCCCAACAUCAUACCUGAAGAAUGUGCUUGUAUCUGA